ACGGUAUCAGUAGGAACAGGAAGAGUACCUGACCAGGUGGACCAGGACGACUCGUUAGAAGAACCAUCAUGGCACUCCAAUGGGUGAAGCCGUGGAUCGCUCUGGUCUUCGGACUAUCUGCUGCACAUUCUGAGACUGUUAUGAUUCCAGACAUGACUUCCAUUGGGAGUCUAUAUGAUUCCAAACUGCAAAUCGUAUCAGCAGGAGCAAGUCCCACUCAUAACGGGCAGGUCUGCAGCACAUGGGGUAACUACCACUACAAAACCUACGAUGGAGACCUCUUCCAGCUGCCCUACACCUGUAACUACGUGCUGUCGUCAUUGUGUAAGAGCAGCAGCGGCUACGAGGCCUUUAACAUUCAGCUGCAGCGCGGGGAGGUAGAUGGGCUGCCCACCAUCACCAAGGUUUCUUUGAAGCUGGAUGGAACCUUCGUGGAGCUGGCCAACGGUAACGUCAGCGUCAACAGAUUACAGGUCACCAUACCGUUUGGUCAGUUUAACGUCUUCAUUGAGAGGACCGUUUCCUAUGUGAAGAUCACAGCCAAGCUGGGGUUAGUCAUCAUGUGGAAUGAAGAUGACUCCCUCUGGGUGGAGCUGGACUCAAAGUUCCAGAAUCAUACAUGUGGGCUGUGUGGAGACUUCAACGGAGUCCAGAACGAGUUCAAUAGGAAGGAUGAUUAUCUGAAGAUAAUCGACUAUGCUGAUAUUUGGAAGAUGAAUGGCCCAACAGAAACCUGUACAGAAAUCCCUGUUCACACUGAGCAGUGUGAAGACCAGACCAAACUUUGUGAGCAGCUUCUCACCAGUCUUGCCUUCAGUAGCUGUAAGGACCUGAUUGCCACAGACUCCUUCAUCAAGGCCUGUGCAGAAGACAUGUGUCACUGUGGCAACAGCAGCAGCAGUGUCACCUGCGCCUGUCCCACCAUGUCAGAGUACUCCCGCCAGUGUGCUCACGCAGGGGGGAAACCCCAGGAGUGGAAGACCGACCAGUUCUGCUUGGAGACGUGUCCUUUAAGCAUGCAGUACCAGGAGUGUGGUAGUCCCUGCACUGAUACCUGCUCCAACCCAAAGAGGAACCAGCAUUGUGAGGAACACUGCACCGACGGAUGCUUCUGCCCUGCUGGAACCGUGUUUGAUGACAUCACUCAGACUGGCUGUGUAGCUGUGAACCAGUGCUCUUGUCUCCACAAUGGACAAUCUUACCAGCCUGGACAAUCAUUCUCAAGAACAUGCCAUAAAUGUACCUGUAUCCAAGGCCAGUGGAGUUGUAUGGAUCUAGAUUGCCCUGCUACCUGCUCCAUAGUGGGAGGUUCCCACAUCACCACCUACGAUGGGAAAGCCUACACCUUCCAUGGCGACUGCUCAUAUGUCCUGUCCAAGCAAACCAACAAGACUGCUUUCACAGUCCUGGGUGACAUAGUGAAAUGUGGGAAGACGGACAUUGAGACCUGCCUAAGAUCUGUAACCCUGGUGACUCCAGAGUCCACGAUGAUCGUCAUCGAGGCCAUGGGAAGGGUCUUUGUCAACAAGAUGUUUUCUCAGAUGCCGCUUUUCAUGGCUGAUGUAAAGGUCUUUCAGCCCUCUACAUUCUACAUCGUUGUGCAUACCUCUUAUGGGCUCCGUCUAGAGGUCCAACUAACACCUAUAAUGCAGGUCUACAUCGUAGCUAGCAGUUCACACAAAGAAAAAACCCAGGGUCUUUGCGGAGACUUUAACGGUGUCCAAGCUGACGACUUCAGAACCAUCAAUGGACUCGUGGAAGGAACCGCUGUGACGUUCGCCAACACUUGGAAGACCAAAGCAAGCUGUCCUGAUGUGGCACAGAACUUUGAGAUGCCAUGCAGUCUGAGUGUAGAGAACGAGAGAUAUGCCAAGCACUGGUGCUCAAUGCUGUCAGAUAGUGAAGGAAUAUUUUCCCAAUGCCACACUGAGAUCAACCCAAAUUACUACAAGGAAAUCUGCCUAUAUGACAGUUGUAACUGUGAGAGGAGUGAGGAGUGCAUGUGUGCUGCGGUCUCCUCCUACGUCCAUGCAUGUGCUGCUGCAGGCGUCCUGCUCAGUGGAUGGAGAAACACCACCUGUGGGAAGUACUCCUCUAGCUGCCCUGACACGAUGGUCUAUGACUACACCAUGACCAGCUGUGACCGUACCUGUCGUUCACUGAGCCAGACAGACUUCACCUGCCAGUUAGACCAUGUGUCUGUGGAUGGCUGUGGCUGUGCCGAGGGAACCUACCUGAAUGACCAGGGAGAGUGUGUCCCUGCCUCACGCUGCUCCUGCUACAAUGGAGGCACAGUAGUACCCCCUGGAGAGGUCACCAGGAUCUAUGGGGCUACAUGCUCUUGCAGACAAGGGAAAUUAAGCUGUCCUGGAGAACAACAACAUUUAUCCUGUGAAGAACCAAUGGGUUUCUUCAACUGUUCUAGUGCAGGGCCCGGAGCCAAGGGCUCAGAGUGCCAGAAGAGCUGUCAAACACUAGACAGUCACUGUAUCAGUGCAGAGUGUGUGUCAGGCUGUGUAUGUCCUGAUGGUCUGCUGUCUGAUGGAAACGGUGGAUGCAUCAAGGACGACCUAUGUCCCUGUUCUCACAAUGGAGUCUACUACCAACCUGGACAUGUGCUCAAAGUAGACUGCAAUACCUGCACUUGUGAAGGCAGAAAAUGGCAGUGUACCAAUAAGCAGUGUGAUGGGAUGUGUGCCAUAUAUGGAGAUGGGCAUUUCAUCACUUUUGAUGAGAAAAGGUUCACAUUCAAUGGAGAUUGUGAAUACAUUCUUACUCAGGACUACUGCAGCAACAAUCCAAAAGGUACCUUUAGAGUGAUCACAGAGAACAUUCCCUGUGGAACCACCGGCACCACCUGUUCCAAGGCCAUCAAGAUCUUCUUGGGGAACAAUGAGAUCAGACUAGCAGAUGAAUCUGUAAAAGUGAUCAAACAAGAGAACGGGGUUGACGUACCAUACCAGGUCCACUCUAUCGGUCUCUAUGUUGUUGUUGAGGCUGGAAAUGGCCUGAUCCUCAUGUGGGACAAGAAGAAUAGCCUGUUCAUCAAACUCAGCUCUACCUUCCAGGGCCAAGUGUGUGGUCUGUGUGGUAACUACGACGGUAAUGGAAAGAACGACUUCACGUCCAGAAACCAGGAAGUGGUUGUUGAAGCUCUGGAGUUUGGGAACAGCUGGAAAGUGUCACCCAGUUGCCCCAACGCUGAUGUCAUAAAAAACCCAUGCACUGUAAGAUCAUACAGGCAGUCCUGGUCUCUGAAACGCUGCAGCAUCAUCACCAGUAACGUUUUCUCAGCCUGCCACUCACAGGUGGACCCCACGCCAUUCCAUGAUGCCUGUGUGAGGGACUCGUGUGCCUGUGACACUGGGGGAGACUGCGAGUGUUUCUGUACAGCUGUAGCAGCCUACGCCCAGGCCUGUAACGAGGCAGGGGCUUGUAUCAAGUGGAGAACACCAGAUAUCUGCCCUCUGUUCUGUGAUUUCUACAACCCUAUUGGUGAGUGUGAGUGGCAUUAUAAUCCGUGUGGAUACCCCUGUAUGAAGACCUGCAAGAAUCCCUCAGGAACAUGCUCCAGUCAGAUCCCUGCACUGGAAGGUUGCUAUCCAAAAUGUCCUUCGGCCCAGCCUUAUUUGGAAGAAAGUACCAUGAAGUGUGUCAGUAAGAAGAACUGUGGUUGCUACGAUGGAGAUGGAACUCAUUACAACGAGAGAGAGGUUAUACCUUCCAAGGAGAACUGUCAGACAUGUCGUUGCUCAUCAACUGAGGUCAGUUGCAGCUAUGAUGUCCAAGCCUACAUUCUUACCAAGAAGACCACUACCCCAACAUCUACUACAACUACUUCAACAACUAAACCUACCACUUCCCCAACAACAACUCCUACCACUACCCCAACAUCUACUACAACUACUUCAACAACUAAACCUACCACUUACCCAACACCAAAACCUACAACUACCUCAACAACAUCUACUACUACAACAAAACCUACCAAUACCCCAACAACAACUCCUACCACUACCCCAAAAACAACUCCUACCACCACCUCAACAACAUCUACUACCACUACCCCAACAUCAAAACCUAUCACUAUCCAAACAACAACUACAGCUACUUCAACAACUAAACCUACCACUACCCCAACAACAAAACCUACCACUACCUCAACAUCUACUACAACUACUUCAACAACUAAACCUACCACUACCCCAACAUCAAAACAUACCACUACCCCAACAACUACUACAACUAUUUCAACAACUAAACCUACCACUACCCCAACGUCUACUACAACUACUUCAACAGCUAAACCUACCACUUCCCUAACAACUCCUACCAAUACCCAAACAACAUCUACUACCACUACCCCAACAUCAAAACCUAUCACUAUCCAAACAACAACUACAGCUACUUCAACAACUAAACCUACCACUACCCCAACAGCUCCUACCACUACCCCAACAUCAAAACCUACAACUACCUCAACAACAUCUACUACAACAACAAAACCUACCAAUACCCCAUCAACUACUUCAGCUACUUUAACAACAAUUCCUACCACUACCCCAACAUCAAAACCUACCACUAACCCAACAACUACUACAACAAAACCUACUACUAACCCAACAACAACUGCAAAUACUUCAACAACUAAACCUGCCACUACCCCAACAACAGCUACUACCACUACCCCAACAUCAAAACCUGCCACUACCCCAACGUCUACUACAACUACUACCACAACUAAACCUACCACCUCCCCAACAACAACUCCUACCACUACCCCAACAACUGCAACCACUACCCCAACAUCUAAACCUACCACUACCCUAACAACAAAACCUACAACUACUACAGCUACUUCAACAACAUCUCUUACCAGUAACCCAACAACAAAACCUACCACCACCCCAACAUCUACUACAACUACUUCAACAACUAAACCUACCACUACCCCAACAUCUACUACAACUACUUCAACAACAAAACCUACCACCACCUAA